AUGCAGAUGGAAAUUGAAGAUGAAACAUCUAGAAAAGCCAAAGAUGGCUACUACUUUACUAAACGCAAAUUGAUCAUUGCCGCUAUUGUUGUAGUAGUUGUCAUUAUAAUAGUUGGAGUAAGUGCAGGGUUGACUGGAAGAGCAUUAGCAUCACACGGGGAGACCCAAAGUACUGAAAAACCUACAGAUAAAAUGACUGAAGAACCCACGAUGGGUCCAACUGUUGGUAGACCAACAACUGGUAGACCACAACUGAACCAACAACAGAAGAAACCUAUGCCUACAGCUCCUGCACCAACACCAUUUACUGGUAGCAAAGCAGUAAUGAAUAACAUUCGAUUACCAGGCAAUGUUGAACCAGUACACUAUGAAUUCAGUCUUGAUAUCGAUGUGUUGGGCAAAAAAUUCAACGGUACUAAUGUUGCCGAAUUUAAAUUGGUGAAAUCGACCGAUAUCAUCUUGAUUCACAGGAAAAUGAUGGAAUUAACCAAGGAGCCCCUCUUGUCUACUGAUGAAUCAUUUGCUGCCGAUAAAUUAAUUACUUUAAAGGAAGUUGGAUAUUACUCCAAGUAUGAAUAUCAAUAUAUGAUGGUAGAUACUCCUUUAGCACUUGGUACUUACUACUUGAAGCUGGAAUUUAAAGCUGAUUUGACAGAAAGUCUUUUUGGAAUCUACCUAAGCCAGUAUAGACAAUACGAUGGCAAAGAAGUAUGGAUGGUAGGAAGUCAAUGUGAACCAGCCGAAGCUCGUCGUAUUAUGCCUUUGUUUGAUGAGCCAACAUUGAAGGCUACCUUUGACGCAAAAAGCGUCAAAAUGAGCACAUACCUCUUGGCAUUUGUUAUUAGUGAAUAUGCUGCUAUUGAAGAAAAAACUAAUCGCGGAACAACGAUGCGUAUAUGGGCACCUAAAGAUCGUGUCCAUUACGGUGCUUGGGCCUUACGAGCUGGUAUCAUGAUGACUGAAUAUUUUGAAUGCCUUUUCAACCAAACAUAUCCGUUAUCCAAGCAAGACAUGGUAUCAAUUUCCGACUUCAACUUCGGUGCAAUGGAAAAUUGGGGCUUGAUCAUAUACGUCGAAAGAGCUCUCUUAUUUAAUGAAAACGAGGACACCGAUGGGUUUAAGGAGAUCAUCGCCAGAAUCGUCUGCCAUGAACUCGCUCAUAUGUGGUUUGGCAAUCUAGUAACUUUCCAUUGGUGGAAUAACGUCUGGAUUAACGAAGGAUUUGCCACCUUUUAUGAAUACUUCGGAACAGCAGCUUUUAUGCCAACAUGGGAGAUGAUGAAUGUGUUCUUGGUACGAGAGGUACAACCAGGAUUACGAAGUGAUGCGUCUAAAUUGUCACACCCUAUGGAAGUCCACCAUUUCCCAAGCAAUAACAUGAUUUUGGAUUAUUUUUCAGCCGUUGCUUAUAACAAAGGAGGUAGUGUACUACGCAUGUUGAGGAACAUGUUAGGAAAUGACAAGUUCGAUGCUGCAAUCAGGCUAUACGUGCAACAAAAUAAAUGGAAGGAAGCUUAUCCACACUCGCUAUGGUCUGCUUUACAGGAGUCAACAAAGAGCAGCUAUAAUAUCACAGCUAUCGGUAGUACUUGGAUUAGACAAAUGGGCCAUCCAAUUAUAACCGUUGCACGCGAUCCUAGUAAUCCAAAUAAAGGCAUCUUUACUCAGCAACGCUACCUAUCCAACAAUACCUUGGAUCCUAACUCAGAGCACCCAGCAUCACCGCAUAAAUCUCCAUACGGAUAUAAAUGGAACAUUCCCAUCAACUGGUUCUUUGGUAGCAAUAAAUCAGCUAAUUACUUUCAGGUUAUCAACAUGAAGGACGUACAAACAUCAUUUGACUGGCCUGCGGGUCAAUGGAUCAAGGCAAAUACUCACCAGUUUGGAUUCUUUAGAGUUAAUUACCCGGAAGAAAACUGGCUUGCUUUAGCUAACGGGUUACAAAAAAAUCUGAUGGCAUUAGAUACCCGUGAUAUUUCCAAUCUCAUUGAUGAUUCUAUGACUUUUGCUGAGUAA